GAAAAAAAUUCUUUCCAAAUUUUGUUUAUUCAAUCUGUAUAAUAUUUCCUAAUGUCCUUGGAUGCUUUUAAACGUAAAGUUCUUUCGAGUUUAAGUGAAGAACGUGUUGAAGUCAAUCAAAGACUUUUGAUUGAUAAGAUUUUGGCUCGAUAUUCUUCUGAGUUUGUGAUAUACCGGGAACUGAUACAAAAUUCUGAUGAUGCGAAAUCAUCAAGUAUACAAAUUAUAUUUGAAACUGUAAAUGCCACGAAUGCUUCCAACGCCACAAACGCUACAAAUACCACUAAUACUUCAAAAGAUAAAAAAAUAAAGAAUAAUGUUAUAAGAAAUAUAUUCAACCCAAUUAAAGAAAGCAUAGAUAAAAGGAUAAAGAGUAAUAAUAGUAAUAAAUUUGGAGAUAAAAUUACGCGAAUUAUAUUCAAAAAUAAUGGAUUUCCUUUUAGAGAUGAAGAUUGGAAUCGAUUAAAGAAAAUUGCUGAAGGAAAUCCAGAUGAACAAAAAAUUGGUGCUUUUGGUGUAGGAUUUUAUUCAUUAUUUUCAAUAUGUGAAGAACCAUUUGUUUCAUCUGGUGGACAAGGAAUGGCCUUCUUUUGGCAAGGAAAUCAAUUAUUCACAAAGCAAGGUCCGACCGGUGAUGAAGAUAGAGUUUGGACGACAUUUUUAAUGGACACGAGAGAACCCUUAGAGUUUCCAGAUAUCGAAAAAUUCGGCCAGUUCUUGGCAAAUUCGUUGGGAUUUACCGGAAAUCUACGAGAAUUAUCUGUGUAUUUUAAUGAUACAUUGGUAAUAGGACUAUCAAAGAAAAUGCAAGACCCAAAAGCGAUGAAUAUCGCAUCCGAAAUUAAUAAAAAUUCCCCACAAAAAAUUUUUCAACUUACUUCGGUGGACGUUAGAAAUGUCCAAAUAGAUGCUACGAGAAUACUUAUUCCAAAAAAUAUGAGUGCAAAACAUUGGCGUUCGUUACAAAUUACUGAUUUUCAAAUAGAGAAAGCAUCUGUAUCUCUUAAAAUCGCUAGUGGGAAUUUGAACGUUAAAAUUAGUAAUGAAUUUUCUGCAGAAAUGGAAAGAAUUACUAAAAAAAAACCUCCAAGUAAAACAACCAUUCAAAUGAUUUUUACUGGAUUUGAAGAACACGAAAAUUAUAAUAAAAAUGUUUCUCGAGUCUUUAAAGAUUUACUUCCAUAUCCAGAAUUAGGAAGGGUAUAUAUCGGCUUUUCAACUCAUCAAACCACCGGAUGUUGUUCUCAUUUGGCAGCUCGUGUAAUUCCUACCGUGGAACGAGAGUCAAUUGAUUUGGCAGAAAAAACUUUGGUAAUAUACAACGGUGAAAUGCUAAGUUUAGCAGGAACAUUGUGCAGGAUUUUAUAUGAACAUGAAAUGGCACAAAUAGCGCGAGUUUAUAAUAAAAUGAUUAGUGAUACUAAGACUAAUACUAAUACUAAUACUAAGGCUAAUACUAAGACUAAUACUAAGACUAAUACUAAGACUAAUACUAAGGCUGAUACUAAGGCUGAUACUGAGGCUGAUACUAAGACUGAUGAAGAAGGCUUUCAUGAAUCGAUUGAUAGACGAGCAACGCAUGCUUUGACACAUUUUAUGUUCAGGAGAAGCACACCAAAUGAGAAAGUUGGUAAAAUAUCGGAAUCCCAAUUUUUUGAAUGUUCAAAAAAACCGGUGUCAAUUUUAUCAACGAAUGGCGUCCUUCCAAUAUCUAAUGUUCGCAUUCCUAAUCCUGAAAUGAAGGGUUUCUUAAAAACUGUUCCAGUUGUUUCAACAAUUACGUUUGAAAAAUGUAAUUUAUUUUUUAUGAAAGCAAAAGAUUCGUUUAAACUUAUAGAAGAGUUAUCACUUAAAGAUGUUUUAUUUGAAUUAAAAAGUAGGACACUUUCUGAAGUCGAAUUAGUCGAACUUUUAAAAUGGUGGAUCUCCCGUAGGUCGAAGGGUAAUAAAAUUGAUCCAUCAGAACAUAAACAGUUUAUGCAACUUACACAUAUUGGUAGUAAAUCCCGUUCUUUGGAUACAAUUUGUUACUUUUUGAAUCCAGGCAUAGUUCCACCAAAUAUGGACGUUCCAGUUGAAGUAUUACCACAUACUAUUUCCAAAAAUUUUAAAAAUCAGGAUCUUGAAAAAUGGCUUAAUUGGUCGGAAUUACCUUUGGUAAAUUGGGCAAGAUUUAUAGUAAAUAAAUCUGAUUUGGAAGUUGAUCUUGCAUUUGCUGAGAAAGUUCACUGUAUUUUAGCAAAAGGUUUAAAUAACACUUCGCAAAAUGAUAAGGAAACAAUUCGUAAACUAUUUGCACAAAAGAAAUGCAUUCCAACUAAGUUUGGAAUGAAGGUUCCCAAUGAAGCUUAUUUUCAAAAUGUUAAUCUUUUUCCCGACUUGCCAACGAUUCAAUUUCAAAAACCUUCAAAUGUUCAGAAUAUAAUGGAACUCCUUGGCGUCCGAAAGGUUGUUGAAUUACAACUCAUUUUUGAUCGUCUUGUCAAUCAAGGAAAUUGGGAUCACGUGCAACUUAUAAAAUAUCUAGCCUCAAGAAUGAAUGAUCUCAAAGAAAAUGACAUAAAUAUAUUAAAGAACAAACCCAUCUGGCCUAAAGAAAAUUUGGAAUAUUCACAUCCUGAUAAGUACGAGCAAAAAAAAAUGAAAGCACAUAACAAGAAUGAAUCCAAAGAAAUGAAAACGCUUGACAAGAAAGGAUCCAAAAAAAUAAAUACGGCACCAGCAAUUCAACGUUACAAUGCCAGAAAUUUAUAUAUACCUUUACCAUUGCAUCGAGAGUUUGGUUUACCUAUAAUUGAUUGGAAAGGAAAAUGGAUUCGCAACACUCCAGAAGGGAAACUUUUAAUUGAGUUUGGCCUACAAGAAUAUCCUGCACUUCAAAAAAUUUUAGAGCUGGUAGCACCACCAACCGAUCCCAUAAUUCGUAGCAAGGCUCUUAAAUAUUUUAUUGAUAAUUUUAAAGAAAAAUAUUCUGCAAAUUAUAAAUCAACUGAAAUCAAUGUUGCAUUUUUGCCUUGUUCAAAUGAAGGUAUUUACGCAAAGCCUUCAGAAUGCUUCACUAACCUUGAAUGCAUGAAAAUGAAUUUCAAUGUCAUACGUCAAGAUUUAUUGUUUUAUGCAGAACAAUUCGGUGUUUGUCAAAAUCCUAGUAACGAAGAACUUAUAAAAAGAUUAGUUGAUUAUCCACCACAAAAUGAUAAAAAGGCAAAGGAAAUUUUCGAAUAUUUAUCAACACAACAGGGACGUUUUAACCAUUCUGAUUUGAAGAUCCUUGCUGAUCUCAAAUUUAUUCCAGUUAGAGACCGCUUUCAACCUCAUGCAAUAAUCCAUACUAAUCCGAGCGGUUGUUUCUUUAAAACACAUAAAAAAAGCUUGUAUGAAUUUCUCACUUAUAUUGAUUUUGGAGAGAAAGCAAAUAGAUUUUUGUUUAGUUGUGGUGUUAAAAAUGAACCAUCUUCAAUAGAAUUUGCAGAAUUGUUAGUGAAAUCAUCAUAUGAACUAUGGAAAUCAACCGACUAUAGUGUAGAAACUUAUGUAAACAUAUUAAGAAGAAUUGCCAUUGAUUUCGAUACUAUAGCUAGCAAAAAAGCAAGUUUAAUUGCUGAGAUGAAAAGGGAACCUAUUUUAUUGGCCAAAGUGGUAGAGUUCAAUGGUAGAAGAAAGACGAAUCAUCAUGAGCUGAAAUCGGCGGGAGAAAUUUUUAUAAAUGAUUGUGAAACAUAUCAAAAAAUUUUCAACCCAUCGGUAGCUCCAGAAGAUACUUUACUAGAAAAUAUGUAUGAGAAACUUGGUUCUAGAUCGUUACGUGAAUCCGUAUUAGAAACUACAAUUCCCAGAGGCGUAAUGAAAAUAACAUACAAUAAUUCUCAAGAAAUACAAAAUACAAUCAGGGAAAGAGCAAAUUUAUUCUUUUAUGACUAUCCUAGUAAUAAGAUUGCUAAAGACGUAGAGUGGCUCAAAAAAUUAGAAGUUAGAGAAAUUGAUCGAAUAGAAACAACGUAUAAGUUAGAAAAUAUUACUAGAACUAUAAAAGAAUCUACUACUGCUUGCAUUCUUCAAAAUGCGCAGAUGAAUUUGUAUACAUGGAUUCUUUAUGUAACACCUGAUCCGGAUAAGCUUGAUAUUUCAGAAGCGAUAUGUAAAAAAAUUUACAUGUCACACAAAUGGAUGGAAAUAUCUUAUUCUAACAUGAUUUUAACUAUAUCUUUAUCAAGUUUGGAACGUAGAGGAUACCCAGUUGAUCGUGCCUUACAAUCUAAAUCAGAAAAUGUUGCUAAGAAAUGUGAUCAACAAUUAGAAUCUGUAAAGGUUCCAAUUAUUAUAACUCCUGAAACAACUCAAAAUUUACGAAAUUCUCUACAAAUUGCUGUAAAAGCAUGUCAUUCUAAUUUUGGAAAUGUUGUAAAUAGUCAAGCUAGUAUGGCAAUUCUUAAAGAGAGUCAAUCUGGAUAUUGUGAUGUAAUACCUGGUCACUUAUUAUUCUGUGUUGGAACUAGACAAGGAAUUGAGCUUUAUGAUCCUAAAGGGUUUAAUCAAUCGGAAAUUCUAUCUCAAUCGAAUUUUGAUCCGUUAAAUCGUUUUAUAAAUAUAUUAAAAGAUCUUGCGAGUGCAUUUGAAAUCACGCCACAAGCUCUUCAUGUAUUUUAUGACAAUCAAUCAAAUUCGAUUGCAUUUAAUCGGGAUAAAUCAUUAUUUUUCAAUUUAAAAUUUUACAUUGGAUUACAUGAUAACGAAUGUAAAACCAAACCUACAAUUAAUGCAAUGAUUUAUUGGUUCAUGACAUUUUGUCAUGAAUUAGCGCAUAAUUUUAUUCAAAAUCAUAGUUCUCAACAUGAAGUAAAUAGUUAG